AAAACAGGUCGAGGAGUGAACGCGGAGGAGGAAGAGAGUGGAAGACAGAGCGAUAGGUGGAGCACCAAAGACAGGAGAGUGCAUCUGUUGACUUGAAUCUUCUAAAGACUGAUCCAGACACACAGAAAUCAUGGCCAACAUUUCUACCACAAUACACCCAAGUAAUGUCCCAUGGCACCAAGAGGCGGCCCUUCUCUCCCGCGUCUCCUUGCAGGUCCAGGAGGUCUACCCUUUCCAUGAUGGCUGGAAUGUGGCCUGCUUCAUCAUCCUUCUGCUCUUCAUCCUCACUGUCGUGUCUCUGGCUGCCUUAGCCGUGCUCUAUGAGCUUCUGGACUGUGGGUGCUGUGCCAAAGGGAAGACACAUCACCAGCUACAGGAGGAGGGGCCGGGCAGCUGCGGCAAGCUCAUGACCAGUAUUUGCAAGGAGCCGGAAUCCCAUACUGAGGUGGUAUAGGGGCAGCAAGGAUGAAUAUAAGGAAGGGUAGGAAUCUGGGUGUCAGUUGUGAACUGGGCAAUACAACGUUGACUCCGAUGACCUGACAAAAGAACUUCUAAAAUUGCCCAAUAGUGGUUCAAUUGCUCAUAGUUAGGAGGAUGCAGAAGGAAGGUGGCAGUUCGUUACUGAUUUAGAGUCAAAUUAGUUUUUCCAUUUCAAUUAGGAGGAAAUAAUCACACAUCUGCAUUUACUCCCACUAAACACACAGGGCGGACCCUGAAAGACAUAUUUUACACUAAAAACACCACCAGAAGAAAGACAGAGCACCGAGUAGUAUAAUAGUACUAGAAACAGUACUAAUAGUGUGGCCACGUUGACAUAAAAACACUGAUAACACCCAAUAUCAGCUAGUUUAAAAGCAAGUAUUCUUCUGCCCUGCGAGUACGGUGCACACCUGUGUGCCGGCUGCAAAUACAAAUGAGCUUCUAUGAGACGUGAUAAAAUGUUGUACAGAGUCAGAAAAUGGUGUCUAUAUCUGAAGACUUCAAUAUCCUAGUAUCCCUACAGGACCUGAUGAACAACAAACAGAUGAUCGCGCCUAGCUGGACAACAAUAUUGCUUUGAAUAAAGCCUGUGUUUCUCUGUUCUUGUAAAAAUGUAUGCCGGUGUUGUAAACAUGUUUAGCAUUGCAACAUUUAACUCAUGAGAAGUGAUACUUGUUUGCUGCACAGAUGUAAUUUAUCAUGUCAUUUCAAGCACAAUGUAUGAGUUCAAAGGCCUUACCACAAUAUGCCUAAUAAACUGUCACUGAAUAAUG